UAGUUUUGACAUUGACAGUUGUUGAUAAGGUUCCCUGACGAGGAUACACAGAAGUUAAUUUAUUGUUAUAAAUAAUUAUGCUAACAAUAUAAUGCAAAUUAUUUAGUUAUAAGCAAACACCAUGGCGUUCUUAGAGUGGCGUCGUUUUACAUUUUUUGAUGUACAUAGAAAAAUUGACAAUGGAAAAGUGGCAGAAAAUUUACAAGAUACAACAAUAACUGCAACCACCAGUGGCAACUCCCAUGUGGUGCUGUGUGACAGCACAGGCUGGACCCACUUGGUGUCGCGCUCCUGGAACAUAACUUUCUUCAAGGCAUAUGAACACAGGGUCACACUCGCUCAGCAGUUGCCUCAUGACCCGUUAUUGGUCACUAUUGGGGAAGAUGAAGCGGGCACGCCGCUGGUGAAGGUAUGGGACUGGUCGCGUCGCGACCGACACGACAACCCGACCUGCGUGCGGGUGUCGCGCGCUGUGCCCUCGCACAUGCGCGCCACGCCCGCCACCGCGCUCGCCGUGCACGACAACAAGAACUUACUUGCUGUGGGCUUCCAAGAUGGUUCAGUGACGCUAUACCGAGGGGAUAUAGCCCGCCAGCGCUCUGGCAAAAUGAAAACAUUGAUGGACUCCGGUACCAGCCCUAUCACUGGUCUCGCCUUUAGCGGUGCAGACAAACUCUUCGUGGUUUCCCGUGCCAGUGUGUUGGUGUAUUGGCUGGGCACGGAGCGCUGCGUGACAUUGGACAGCAAGGGAGCCUUGGCCGGCUGCUCGGUACACGACAGGCAUCGUCUUACCGUAGCCACGGACGAUGCAAUAUUCUGCUACACGAGCGAAGGCCGAGGGCCGUGCUACGCCAUCGAAGGCGAGAAGGUCCGCCUGGACUGGUUCCACAGCUACCUCGUCAUCACCACCACAGCGUCCAAACACGGCGCCGCGCCGGCCCACCGUCUCACUAUACUUGACAUACAGAACAAGUUUAUAGUGUUCGAGAAGACUUUCGAAGAAAUCGAAGCCGUCCUAACAGAAUGGGGUUCUUUCUACAUCCUCACGAAAAACAAAGAGAUGAUAUACCUCGCAGAGAAAGACCUGCACUCGAAACUGUGGCUGUUGUUCAAAAAGAACCUCUACGACGUUGCAAUAAGGAUAGCCAGCGGCCAGCAGUACGAUGCAGUGGGACUGACGGAAAUAUACAAGCAGUAUGGCGACCAUUUAUAUGGAAAGGGUGACCUAAAAGGCGCUAUAGAGCAAUAUAUCAAGACGAUCGGUUGGCUAGAAACCUCAUACGUCAUCCGGAAGUACUUGGAAUCCCGCCACUUGGAACCUCUAGUAUUAUACUUAGAAGAGUUGCAUAAGAAAGGGGUUGCCACAGAAGACCACACGACGCUGUUGCUGACUUGUUACGUCAAGCUGGACCAGCACGACCAGCAGGGGAAACUGAAGGAGUUUAUAAAUUCCAAGGACAAUAUUAUUGAGUUUGAUGUGGAUGUGGCUAUUAAGGUCGUCCGCCAAGUCAGCAUCGACGACGCGCUGUCCCUCGCGGCCAACCACAAGCGCCACGACUGGUACCUCAAACUCAUGAUAGAAGACAAGAAAGCCUACAGCGACGCGCUGCAGUACCUCUCUGACUUGGAAUUUGAUGACGCAGACGCUUAUAUGAAAAAAUACGGCUUGAAGCUGAUACAACAUCUACCUGAAGAAAGCACCAAGUUUCUGAUCACAUUGUGCACGGACUACAAGCCCCGUAACAAACCCUUAGUCGACGAGGCAACCCUAACCGGCGGCUAUAAGGAACCAGAUCGUGCCAACCCUGACGACUACAUACACAUGUUUCUGUCCAACUCGGAGCAGCUCAUACACUUCCUCGAGCACAUGACGAAGGCGGAGUCGCAGAGCUCUACGCUCGUGUAUAAUGCGCUUAUAGAACAUUACAUACAUGUGUGGGCGAAGUCUCCUGCCGACAAGAAGGCAGAAUAUGAAGAGAAAAUAAUGAAGGUACUACAAGACCCCAUAGCGAACUACGACAAAGACCAGACGUUAGUCAUUUGCCAGAUGCUGGGAUUCCGAUCUGGCAUGCUAUAUCUGUACGAGGAGAACAAACUAUGGCGCGCACAAGUGGCGCUGCACAUGCGCGCGGGCACGGCGGAGCGCGCGCUGGGCGUGUGCCGGCGGCGCGGGGGCGCGGCGCCGCGGCUGUGGCUGGACGUGCUGUGGUGGCCCGCCGCCGCCAGCGCGCCCGUGCUGCCCGAGCUGCUACAUGUCAUUGCCACCGAGAAACUUUUAUCUCCUAUUCUAGUCAUCGAUUGCCUAGCAAACGUGCCUUCUUACACCCUUGGAGAUGUCCGAAAGUACCUGACAGACGUGCUCAAAUCCGAAGACGACGUGAUAACCCGUGAGCAAGAACUUGCAGCCAAGUACAAGGGGGAAAGCGAGCGAAUGAAGGCCCAGAUCCACACAUUACAACACGAACCAGUCCCCUUCCAGAGCUCGAAGUGCGCUGCUUGCAAUCGUCCGCUAGAACUACCCAGCGUUCACUUCCUGUGUCAGCAUUCCUUCCAUCAACACUGUUUCCAAAGCUACUCGGAGUCGGAGCGCGACUGCCCCGCCUGCGACAAACGCACGCGCCGCGAGCCGCCGCCGCCCGCCGCCGAGAGCCUCCACGCCAGGCUGCACCAGGAACAUGACCCCUACGCAGUGGUAUCAGAGUACUACGGUCGCGGCUUAUUCAACAAGCUGACCGUAAUAACGGACGCCGUGGAGCCAGCGGCGCCCGCGCCGGCGGCGCCGGCCCCGGUGGCCCGCGCUGCUGCCCCGGGCCCCGCGGCCCCCGCGGGCCCCGCGGGCCCCGCGCCCGGCGCCGGCUACGGGCCCGGCGCGGAGGCUAAACUGCGGCUACAGGAGGGACAGAGCAAGCAAGUAUUCGUGUCAAACGCCACCAAGCAAGUAGCACCGAAAGGAACCUCCGUGAUCCCCGUACCAGAAGGCCGCAUGCGCCUCAUAGAGCAACAGCAAUACAGCUCCAGCCUAGAAGCCAACAUCUCCCGACUAGAGCCUAGAGUACACAACCCCACCAAAACCUCCCCCCUAGCCUCGCCUAUGGUCAACAGAAAAAUGGAGCCGAAAAGCCUAGGACAAUCCCCUAAAAUAUCAUCAGCUAUUAGUAAUGGAGCAAAUAAAAACCCCUUUGAAGAAACGUACGAUGAUACGAAAAACCCCUUUGCUGAUGAUGAGGUGAAUGACCCCACGAAUCCGUUUGGGGAGGAUGAUGAUUAUGACAAGAAUCUGAACCCGUUCUCGUGAGGUUAGUUGGAUUGUGAUCUCAGUACUUUUAGGAAACUUGAGCUCGCCCUGAGCGGUCGUUGGUGAACGGGGUACUAACGUUGCCUUGGUUAAAAGUAUUCACCAACGAGCCUAAGAUGUUCACGCGUUUGUCAUCAUGAUCGUAACUUUUGAACAAGUAUCUAAGUGCAAGAUUGAUGCUUACCACCGUGAUAUAAAUGCUACUAUUGUAUCCGUACAGGACCUAAAAGGGUUAUGUGUCGAAGUUUAGUGAAAGGUCCCACUUUGUCGUUUACCAUAAGGACGAGAUUUGCGUGUAUCUUUAUACGAAUAACCUGCCAAAGCGUUCUUAUGGCAAGUGACAAAGUGGGACUUUUUGCUUGGAAACGACACAAUUUGGCGUGCGAAGUGCGGGGGCAGAAGGACUAAAAAGCGAAGACGUUAUGGCCAAAAUGUGAGCUUUCCUGGGCCCGAAUAUUCAAACUGUUUAAUAUCUGUAAACCAUUUAGGGCCAUGCUCGUGAACGUUACGAGCAACUUUAAGAUUUUAUAUAGGAAAUUAUUAUUUACUAUUUUUAUUUUGUUAUAUUUUUUUAUUUGAAGUACUAAACUUAUAUUUUAUGUUUAUAUGUGUCGGUUUAGAUUUCUCUAAAUCUCUAAAGAUCUCAAAGAAAUCUAAACAAAUAGAAACAUAGACUCUUGUCUUGUCGUUUAACCAAUGAUAUAACUGUAUGGAUACAAAAUGGUACCUCAUUGUUCGAAUGACCGAACCACGUGGAUUUUGUUUACAUUAUUUUAAGAUCCGAAUAUUUCGUAUGUAAUACGCUACCCUCGUCCUGUCAAAGUUUUUUAAGGAACUUCAAGAUCCUGCCCUUUGUGCUCAAUUACAGACAUUUGAUCUGAUUUCGCAAUUCCUGGGCAGGAACCACAUGAAGUGUUAUUAUUGAAAACAUAGAACAAGACGAGGCUACAGUGCUUAAUAGUUAUGUCCAAGGUUCUUUAGUCAGUUUAUAUCGUUCUGUAUAUCUUCUGGAGCCUAUAUUGAUGUGGACAACAUGGAAACAUGUAUGGCUUGUACAUUUAUAAUCGCUCGUCUCUUAUACUGAAAUGGGAGAAUGUAUUAUUUAAUUUCAAAUUUGAGUGUAGCACUUUAGUUAAAGAAGCACGCUAAGUUUAUAUCCAUAAGUAUAAGUGUUUUUGACACGAAAUUAUAAUGUUGAAAGGCACUAUAAUGUUGAUAAUGCGUUGGAGCGAGUGCUACAUUAGUAAUACAAGAUGCUGUGAAGGGCUUUAACCGUGGCGCACAAUCCAGUCAGGUAAGCGAACGGUCUACGGUGGCCUUACAAAAGAAACACUUGUCCAGCUGACUACAAUGGUUUAACAGCGCAGGUUGCUUAUUUCGAUUACCUCUAUGUAGUUCGCGUCAUCCACGAUGACGCGCAGAUUUGUCAAAUCUAACCUUUAAUAACAUGACAAUACGAGUCAAGGCACGCGUCUUCGUGAAUGGCACGAUCUAUAGAUGCAAGUUAAUAUUGAAAUCGAUUUAGUUAUUAAAGUGAUACGUCUGCAAACCAUACCACAAAGCUUAGAAAUAAAUAAAGAAGUGUAAUGCUCUUACGGUAGAUGUCACUAGGCGCCUCCCUAAGGCGCAUAUGAGUGAUUUGGUGGAAAUAUUCGCUAUCACCGAGUUAUGAGUAUCGGUAGCCUAGUAGGCAGAGCGAUGGGUUAGUGAGCCAGAGUCGAUAGUGCAAGUCUAGCCCGAGAUAGUGAUUUUUCCACUUUUCAUUUAUGUCUAAGCUUAACAUUGCGAACUUUACUCCAUCACGCAUAACACACAGUUGAAAACUUCCGAAAACUCAUUUAUUAAAUAAACGUAUUCUUACUCAUUAUUUUACACUAAUUCCAAUGAUAUUACGCGUUGUGGAGCAAAAUUGCAUCCCUGACAAUUCAGUGUCAUAUCCUAUCCUUACCCUUUUAUUUACUCAUACAAGUUCGAAGAUCGCACGUUCGGUACCACUUGAAUCCUCUUGCCGCAAAUUGGAUCCCCUCCCCGCAAAAAAAAAACAGCAUACUCGUAGCUCGCUCCAUUUGAGUGCCCAUAGGUUUCCCAUAAAUUCUCCAUCUGAAUUUUAUAUCAUGUUUUGAUCAUUAUAAAACAAGCUAUUAAACUGUGCCUAAACGUUUUUAUUUAAAGCUUUAUUUUAUAUUUAAUCAGUUGAAAACCUAAUAGAAUUUAGUGACUGACAAGGUAGUAUAAUCGUCUCGUUCUUUAACUGUAAAGAAGACAGACGAAGAUUGCCCAGACCGAACUUCGAAACACCACCGAACGUUCGGUAUAAGAAAUAGGAAACGCUUUAAUAUAAUUAUUCGAUUUGCAUUCUAUAUGAGUACGUUGUAUUGUAGGUAUAUUACGCCGAAUUUUUCGCAAUGUCCUACCACUAAAAUUAUUUACAAGGAAAUCAAUGUAAUGUACAUAAUUAUUAUGUUAUUUAUAAAAUGUAUAUUGCCUUUUAAAGUAUUCCUUUGUAUACAGACGUGUAAUAAUCCGUUGUAAAAUAAACAAAAAUAAGUAAACGCA